AUGAACAUGAAUAUAAAAAAGAGGGUGGCAGAUUCUACCAGCCUGGCUAGGCCUGGUCAGAUUCAUAAUAUCAUGAAAACCAAUUUCCAACAAAUACUUCAAUCCAAAAACUUUUUUAAACACCCCAACCGGUGUGACGGCACCUCUGGGGACCCAUCCAAGGGCGGCAAAGAGUCGAGGUGUUUAAGGAAGCUUUCAGUAAGUUUAAGAUUGCAACUUGAGAGAAAUUAUGUAGAUAUUUUAAAGAAGAAUUCCAAAAGAAACUUCACUAAGCUAGAUCCUAAGACACGGAUACAUAAUAACAGUGUGAAUGUUGAGAUAAAAGCUAAUUCUCUGGUACCGCACACAGAAGAAGGGAUCGAUCGGAAGCAUUAUUUAUUCAGUAAAAAGGCUCGAGAGAUAUCAAAUGAGGUGAAAUUGCUGAAAACCCAGCAUAGGAUCAAGAGGAGGCUUCACAAUAUCAGCCCUGAUUGCUCUAACCAACACUUGCCUUCAAGAGAUAACUCAAUAAAUGAAGGCAAAAAUGUAUCGGAUGUUAGGAAAGAAGUUGAGUCCAUUAAAGAUUUUGAUAAGAUUAAGUCCAGACGCUAUCCUGAAGUUAGCUUUAAACUGGUCAAUAACCCAGGGAGCAAUCCUAGAAAACCUAUUUCAAAGAGGUACAUUAAUAAUACAAAGCUUUACAUACAAGAGUAUGGGAAUGGUACGCUAUUGUCACCUCAUCAUCCUCACACUAAGAAAGAUUUAACUCCGAUAAAAAAUCAGAAGAAAUAAAACAGAGUUUAGUACAGAUUUUAGGAGCAUCAGGAAAUCUUCCCCAGAUAGUUUCUAUAAUUACUUCAAAAAUAAUGCAGAGACUAAGAAUUAUAAAAAUCUUCAAAUAAAGCAUAAGAUCUUUGCUGAAGGGUCUAAUUCUGGCAACAUUGAGGCUAUUCCAAAACCUCUUGUGGAUGAUACUAAUAAUAUCUCCAGUAAUCUCCCAAUCUCACAUUUCAGAUACUAAUU